AUGGGGAAGCCCGUGGGGAAGAACAAGAAGAAGAGCGGCGGCGCCAAGGUCGACGGCGUGGGCACGAAGCAUGGCCGGCCGGGGGAGCCGCAGGUGGGCAGCCCGAGGAACUUCGACGCGGACAUGACCAUCUUCAUCGACAUGGCCCGAGAGCUCCGGGAGGAGGGGAACAAGCUCUUCCAGAAGAGGGAUUACAAGGGGGCCAUCCUCACCUACGAGAAGGCCGUCAAGCUUCUCCCUCAAGCUCACGCGGACAUGGCUCCUCUGCGCAGCAACCUGGCCGCCUGCUACAUGCAGCUGGAGCCGCCGGACCACCACCGCGCUAUUGAGCAGUGCAACUUGGCCCUGGAGGUCUCCCCCAGGUACAGCAAGGCGCUCUUGAAGAGGGCGAGGUGCUACGAAGCAGUUGACCGGGUGGACUUCGCCAUGAGAGACGUCGAUGCGGUCCUCAGCUCGGAGCCCAGCAAUGCCACGGCGCUGGAACUCUCAGAGAGGCUGAGGAAGGGGAUGGAGAUCCGGGGGAUCAAGCUCGAUCCUCACAGUUCGUCUUCUCCCUUGCCGGAGCCUGCGCCGGCGAAGGUGAGAAGCAAGCCCCGGAAGAAGAGGAGUCACAGGGCGGAGGAGGUGAAGGUGGAUGCAGAGAAGGGGGCGGUGAAGGAGGAGGACAAGGAGGAGGGACGCAAGGUAGGACCUUCUUCGAAGGUCAAGCUGGUUCUGGGGGAGGACAUCAGAUUUGCUAUGCUGCCCGCGGAAUGCAGCAUCUUGCAGCUGCGGGAGAUUGUGAGGAACCGGUUUCCGAGCACUGAGGGGGUUCUCGUGAAAUACAGAGACCAGGAGGGCGACCUGGUGACCAUCACCACCACCGAGGAGCUGAGGUGGGCCGAGGAGUCCGGCGAUCCUCAGGGGUCCCUCAGGCUGUACCUCGCCGAAGUCAGCCCCGACCAGGAUCCGCUGUUUCUACCUCUUUCCGAGAUAACCAGGAAGAACUCCUACUUGAAUCUGGGCUCCAUGCAGAACGGUGUUUACGAGAAUGGGAGCAUCAGGAGCUCGGGGGAGAGGGAGACCUCCUGCAUCGAAGAAUGGAUCGUGCAUUUCGCCCAGCUGUUCAAGAACCACGUUGGCUUCAACUCCGACGCCUACCUGGACCUCCAUGAGCUCGGGAUGAAGCUCUACUCGGAGGCCAUGGAGGACGUCGUGACCAGCGAAGAUGCCCAAGAGAUCUUGGGCCUGGCGGAGAAGACGUUCCAGGAGAUGGCGGCGCUCGCCCUGUUCAACUGGGGAAACGUCCACAUGUCCCGUGCCCGGAAGAGGCUCCACUUGGCCGAAGAUCAUUCUUCCGGAGAAUCCUUGCUCGGACAGAGCAAAGAUGCCUACGAGUGGGCGCGGGCAGAGUACACGAAAGCGGGGAAGAGAUUCGAAGAAGCUACCAGGCUCAAAGCGGACUUCUACGAGGGCUUCCUCGCGCUCGCGCAGCAGCAGUUCGAGCAGGCAAAGCUUUCUUGGUACUACGCCGUGGGGAGCAAUGUGGAUCUGGAGAGCUGGCCGUCCUCUGAAGUGAUGGAUCUCUUCAACAGCGCAGAGGACAACAUCGAGAAGGGGACCCAACUGUGGGAAGAGGCAGAGGAGAAUCGCCUGGAGGGCCUCGCUAAGCCCAGCGAUGAAAAGCUGCUGCUGCAGAAGAUGGGGAUGAGCGGUCUCUUCAAGGAGAUAUCCACCGACGAAGCAGCGGAGCAGGCCUCGAACCUGAGGUCCCAGAUCAGCCUGCUAUGGGGGACCAUGCUCUAUGAGCGAUCUGUGGUGGAGUUCAAGCUGAAGAUCCCCGACUGGGAGGAGUGCCUGGCGGCGUCUAUCGAGAAAUUCAAGCUCGUUGGAGCUUCUCCCACUGAUCUAGCCGUGAUGAUAAAGAAUCACUGCUCCAAUGAAACUGCCCAAGAAGGUGGGAUGACUGGGUCGAUCGAAAAAAAAAAAAAAAAACUAUUUUUUCACCUGUAUAUUUAGUUAGUUCUGAUCCUCACUGAUUUCCAUCGGAUUUCAGGGCUGGGAUUCAGGAUCGACGAGAUAGUCCAGGCGUGGAACGAGAUGUACGAUGCCAAGAGGUGGGCGAUCGGCGCUCCUUCUUUCCGGCUGGAGCCGUUAUUUCGCCGGCGGGUCCCCAAGCUGCACCAUGCCCUGGAGCAUGCUUCAGCCUGA